GGGGCCGCGGACGGAAGGACGGGCGGAGGGAGCGGCCGCCGGACCACGAGGUCGGAGGUGAGGAAGGGUUUUGUUGUAAUGUGGAAAAUGAAUCCUUUUGGAUAUGUUAUUAUUAUUAAAAGGACAGGGACUGAUGGUUACCGGUAUCCAUUAAAUCAAACAACUUGUUUGUUUGGAAGGGAUACUGAGUGUGACAUCCGGCUCCAGCUUCCAGUAGUAUCCAAGCAGCAAUGCAAGAUUGAAUUUAAUGAACCACAUGAUGAGGCUGUAUUGAUUAAUUUAAAUUCUGCAAAUCCAACUCAGCUAAAUGGAGCUACCUUUUCUCAUCCUGUAAAGCUGCAGCAUGGAGAUUUAAUUACCAUAUUUGACCGUUCUUUCAGAUUUGAAUAUGAAAAUGGCUUUCAAAAUGAAGGAAAGCCAAGAAGGCCUUCAGAACCAAGAAACAAAGAGGUGACACCAACUCGAUCCCGAAGCUCCUCAGUUCUGGGCUCUGAGCAGUAUCAAAAGAGAGACAAGUCUUUCAGAGAUAUCCCUAUGAAAUACACUGAAGAAAAUAGUACAAAACAAUUCCCACUAAUACAUUCUUUAGAAGAAAAAGAAAAUGCGAGUAAAUCUAAGAAUGAUGAUGAUGCUUCAGAUAAUGUGGAAGAACAUCUUACAGGAAAGGUUCCAACUUUAAAAAACAAAGAAGAGAAGGAAAGCACCAACAAUGUCACUGAAACAGCUGUGUCCAUCAGUAGUGGAGGCAGUGACAGUUGUGGAGGAGAUGAGAGCCUUUUUUCAACCCUUGAACACCCAGGGAAGAGUGAGAAACACCAUUUCUCUCCUUUUAGGAAACUCUUUGGCCUAAUGAAAGAAGAAUUAAGCUGUAAGUGCCAACAAAUAGGUGAUUGUGUGCACCGUAGCAGCAGAAAAUCAGGGCCCACAAGCCUAGUCAGUACAGAUGGCAGAGAGUGGGGAACAGAACUCCCUCAUUUCAGCUCCAAACCCUCCUUGCACGGGAGCAAGACCCUAACGCGCCUCUCCAUCUCUGGCGCCAAAGAGGGUGAACAGCAGCUUGAGGACUCCUUCAAAAACUAUUCUUUAGAAGAGUGGAACGAUAAAAAAGCCAUAAGGGAGGCACAAGACCAAGAACUCCAGCAGCUGGGUGCUCCCCGAAAGCGGAGGAAGAGUGAAGAACUAGAGAAUUCAAGGAAAAGAAAGAGCAAAAAUGGGAAAGAUAAAAGGAGGUCGGCCCCUGUAGGGCCCCUCUUGGAGCCCCAGAGUCAGCAUUCUUUGUACAGGCUGCGGUCCCAAACCAAGAGUCCCGAGAUGGGGAGUGGUCGACUCCCCAAACUGGGGAGAGAGCCUUUAGAGCCCCAGGAAAGCAAGGCCAUGCCUGCCGAGAAGCCCAUCCUCAAAGAGAGUGACUCUAACGGGGCAGGCGAGACUGUCGAUUUGGGCAAAAAUAAAGGAAGCUUCAAGGGAAGGAAGAGUGGGAACCAACUUACUCCAAAGAAAGCUUCAAAUUCAGAGCAAAUAGUAAAGAAAAUUCAAGAUGAACUCGAUUUCGAAGAUGUCAGCGAAAGUGAUGGAUCAUCUGCGAAAAGGAGGAGGGUUUCUUUUGGAGUCCAUCUAAAACCUGAAUUAUUUGAUGAAAACUUACCUCCCAAUACACCUCUUAAAAAAGGAGAAAGCCCAGGGAUAAGAAGAACAUCAUUUGGAAACUGUCCUCCUCGAACUGUCCUGAAAAAACCAAUAAUUAAGGAGCGUUCUAAACUCCCAGAAGAAAAGCCUUCCUCCGACAGUCUAGUGGAAGGGACGCUGCAUGUACAAGACCUGUCACUAGAAUUGCCGACUAGUCCUAGGAAAAAAACAUCUGUGGCCUCUAGUGAUGACAGUUCUCAAUCUUAUCUCAUGGAUGAGAGUGCAGACUGUGUUCCUAUUGAAAUCCAACCCCGGAAGAUUGUGAACACACCAUCAUGCUCUAGGAGACUCUCCUCUGGAAGAAGAAGUCAAUUUGAUACCCUGCAAACAAUUUAUGCCAAGAGGAGAAGUGGUGCAUCUGAAGCCAAUCUCAUGGUUGUACACUCUUGGGCAGAUGUGGUGAGAUUAGGUACUAUAAAACCACAAGCAGGUGUUGUAAAACAUGGUCUUGAGAGACGAAUAAUAAAAAAGCAGAAGAGGUUAAUAACCCCCAAGAAGCCAGUAAAUCAAGCUCAGAAUCACUUUAGCACAGGCCAUGCAAACUCGCCACGCACCAUAGUGAUCGGGAGGGCUCAUACUGAAAAAGUGACUGUGCCUAUACGGCCCUGUAGGAUGCUAAACAACUUUGUUUUAAACCCUAAAAUGGAUAUGAAUGAGGAUUUAACAGGAUUAGCAGACAUGUUUGAAACCCCUACAAAACCUCAGUCUCCUGAGACUGGUACAACUUUACAACCUUUGUCUGAAGGACAGUCUUCAUCUUCUGCAGGAUAUGAUGAGUCCUCAGGACCUACUUCAGAUGACUUUGAGAGAGUGAUGAUACCCAAUAUUGUAGACACAGGAAGACAGAUAUCUGGCCAGAGCAUUACAUGCCGCCGUUCCCCAAGAAACCGACAGUCAAGGGGAGGAGAUGAUGAGAUCAUUAAAACCCAACAGGAGAUCUCUGAAAAUGGAAGUGAUGAAAUAAUGAAGAUUUCACUUCCAGAUGUCGAUGCAGAUCAUGAAAUAUUAACACCGAGUUCAAAAAAGAUGAAGACUUAUACACCAAAGGAAAAUGUACCAACACCAUGUCUUAACAGAACUGAAACACCAGAAGAUCAAAUUGAAGAUAGCACUACACAAAAAAUAACACCAAGGAGAGGUAUGGAGCAAAGUAUAGCCCUGGGAGGAGACAAACAUCAUUUGGAAACAACAGCAAUACCAAAUUCAAAGGCAAGCAUUGUAGAAGACAUCUCUGUCAUCAAGGGAGCUACUGAAAUACCAUCAAUAAUACCAUCAAACAAAGGGGAACAACCAAAAGAAAAUUCUGUAGACAUUCACAUAGACCUAAGAAAUCAAAAACCAAAAAUGUCAGGUCAGUUAGGAGUCACAACUUCCUUAGAAAUUGGAUCAAAUAAAGAGCAACCUGUCACCUACCAUCCAUCAGGGCUUCAAAAACAUAGGAGAAAUUCAUUGCAAAAGGAAGAGUACUCUCCAACAGGAGCCAAUAAAAUGAUACGGUUAAAGCCAGAUAUUGUAUCUCUAGAUGUGUUGGCUUCUCCACCAGCUGUAAUAGUAGUCAAGCAUAAGCUAGGAGGCACAAAGAAAGUAAUUAGAACCCCAAAGGAAAAAAUAGAGCCAACUGGCAUCAGAGAGAUGGCAACUACAAUAUCAGUGGCGGCAAAACAAAAAGAAGAUAGAGAAAACAAAGUGGCAGAUUCUGUCGGGGAUGAUGCGAACGUUCAGAAAAAUCUCAGGACGACCCCAAAGCAAGUAGUCUGCUCUGCAGGAGAUGCCGAAGUCCCAAAAAAACUGGUGAGGACAGUGAAGCAAAACACUGAAGUGGAAAAUCUCCCCAACAUGGAGCAACUUAUGAACACUCCCAAACGAAAAUGGGAGCCUGAGCAUCUUACAGUGGUCAAGAGACUGAUGAGAACCCCUAAGGACAAGGCAGAACCAAGAGAGGAUGUGGCAGGCAGUGAAAGACUGAUGAGGACUCCUAAGGAAAAAGAAAAAGAAAAAGAGCCAGUAGAAAGUCACAAAAGCAACGGAAAUGUAAAUGUGAGGCACACUCCAAAGCACAAAGGUCAAUCCAUUGAAGAUCUGGUAGGUCUCAGUAGAUGUAUGCAUACUCCUAAGGAAAAGAGAGAACCACAAGAAGACCUCACAAGUCUCAAGGAGCUUAGGACUACUCCAAAGCAAAUGGAAGAACCAGUCAAAGAUGAGAAAGUCAACAAGGCCAUCAUGAAGUCAGACCAGAAAAAUGAAUCAGUAGAUCUGACUGGGAUUAGCAGCCUGAUAAGAACUCCUAAGGAAAGGGAAGAACUUAUAGAAGAUAUGGAAGUGGUCAAGAAGUCUGCUAAAACAUCGAAGCAGAAAUGUGAUCCAGUAGAAUACCUGGCAAGUAUUAAGAAGCUUAACAAAACUCCUAAGAUGGAGCCAAUAGAAGAUAUGACAGGCCUAGGGAAACUCAAAACAACACCAAAAGAAAAGAUAAAACCAGUAGACAACAAAAAACCAACAGAAAACCUUAUAGGUUCUAAGAGAUUUAUGAGGACUCCUAAAGAAAAAAUAAAGCCUACAGUAGUCGAUAGUAGCAUAACAGGUUUCACAAGACUUUUUAAAACUCCCAAGGUCAAAGGAAAACCAGUAGAAGAUCUAUCUGGCAUCAAGGGACUGAUGAGAACGCCUAAAGUAAAGGGACAGCCCAUAGAAGACCUGACUGUUAUCAAGAGACUGAUGAGAACCCCUAAAGUAAAGGGACAGCCAGUAGAAGACCUGACUGGCAUCAAGAGACUGAUGAGAACCCCUAAAGUAAAGGGACAGCCAGUAGAAGACCUGACUGGCAUCAAGGGACUGAUGAGAACCCCUAAAGUAAAGGGACAGCCAGUAGAAGACCUGACUGGCAUCAAGGGACUGAUGAGAACCCCUAAAGUAAAGGGACAGCCAGUAGAAGACCUGACUGGCAUCAAGGGACUGAUGAGAACCCCUAAAGUAAAGGGACAGCCCGUAGAAGACUUGACUGGCAUCAAGGGACUGAUGAGAACGCCUAAAGUAAAGGGACAGCCCGUAGAAGAUCUGACUGGCAUCAAGGGACUGAUGAGAACCCCUAAAGUGAAGGUACAGCCAGUAGAAGACCUGACUGGUAUCAAGAGACUGAUGAGAACCCCUAAAGUAAAGGGACAGCCAGUAGAAGACCUGACUGGUAUCAAGAGACUGAUGAGAACCCCUAAAGUAAAGGGACAGCCAGUAGAAGAUUUGACAGAUGUUACUAUGUUUAUGGAGACUCCAGAUAAAGUGGCAGAAAAUAUGUCCAGUGGAAACACCAUCAUGCAGAGUGACCCUCAAGAAAUAUCUGAUAUAGAUUCAGAAUUCUCAGAAAAAUUACAAGAAAUAGAGAUACUCAGAAGACCAGCAAUGAAAGAUUUCAGAGGUUCAAAUCUUGAAGCAGAGCCAAAAUCAAAAGAAUCCAGUUUUGAAAUAGACUAUAUGGGGUUUAAAGAGAUGUUUGAGUCACCAAAAGAAAACAAGGACCAAACCGUGGACCAAUGCCAACAGAAAAUUUGCUCUAAUCCUUGUAAAGAUGAAAAUCAAUCUAAUAACUCUAAAAUUGAUGGGUUAUGCUCAUUGAACCUAGAAGACAACAUUAUGGACCAAGGAAUUCUAUCUUUAUCUACUCAAAAAAAUAAAAUUAGUCAGGCUGUACAAGAACAUGAUUUGCCUAGUAAGACAGAAAACAUGUUCAGAGAGAAAGAGAAAAAAGAAGCAAAGAAAUCUCUGCUGAGUUUUCAGGAUGAAAUUAAAGCUACAAGUGACAAUCAAAGAAUAAUAUCUUUAAGAUCCAGAAGCAAAAACAAAUCUGAUACAGAAUCAGUUGGUUCAACAAAGAUCCACUUAAAUAAUGAUGAAAAGAUUGUGAAGACCUCCUGGGACAGAAGUAUGAAGGAGAUGGUUGGACGUCGAGCCAGGGUAACCUCACAAUCUAUAGUUGGAUUCUAUAAAGCUGAUAAAGGGCUCCAGGAAGCCAGUAGUUUGUCACCCUCAGAGAAAGAAGAAAAGGAGGAACAUGUGAAGAAUGGGCCCAUAAUGUUUUCGGACCCAGCUGACAAUACAGAGAGCAUGGUACCUUUGAAACCUAGAAGAAGAAACCAAGCUGGUAAAGAAGUGAAAACUAGUUCAUCAGAUAGGUCACACUUAGAGAGCUCUGAACAGAAGUCAGUGAAGAACUUGAGGGAAGGGUUCUCAGGGAUAGAGGUAAUGUUAAGAUCUAGAAACAAAGCUAGAGAACUGCCUAGUGAAUCAGAUGUGUCACACAAAGAUGAUGAAAAGAAACUUAGUAAGAGACUACCCAGGAAAGUAAAUGAAAGGAUAACCCCUCUAAGAUUUAGUAGGAAGAAUAAAAUGAAUAAGGAAUUAGAAGGAUCCAGUCCUUUGUUGAGUGAAACGGAUAUAUUAGGCAAAGAAAAGAAUGAAAGGAAAGAAAUUAUAACAGCUUUAAGAUCUAGAAAUAGAAUGAAAACCAGUACAGUAUUACAGGAAUCUAGUAGUUUGAUUAUUAAUAACUUUUCAUCCCACAAAGAGGGAUGUGAAAAGAAGCCUGUGAAAAUCUUAAAGGAGGAGACAUCGAAAAAAAGAAUUAUAAAUAAAGGAAUGAUGGCUUUGAGAUCUAGAAAUAAAAAUAAGGAAAUGUUUCCUAGUGAAACAGAUAACUCAUACACAGAUGAUGAAAAGGAAUCUGUGAAGAGUUUGCCAGAGAAGUUGAAAGGACAGAAAAAACUAUUAGAAUCUAGUAAUAGAAAUAAUACUGUUGAGGAACUGAAUAGUUUAUCAAGAGAAACAGAUGAGUCACACAUGGAAAAUGAUGAAAAAAAUGUGAAGAGCUACCAGGGAAAGACUGUUGUGAAUGAAGUAGGGGUGGCUUUAAGAACUAGAAGUAGAAAUAAAUCUUCAACAGGUCCAUGCAUAGAGAAUAAGGAAAAGAAACCUACUAAGACUUUACAAGCAAGGUGGAAGACUACAGCUGUUAAUGAAAAGGUAUCUUUAAGAUCUAGAAACAGAUCUAAGUGUGCUAAGGAAUCACAAGAGCUUAAUGCUUUGCCUGCUAAAGUACUUAAUGAGCUUCAGACAGGGAAUGAUGAGAAGAAACCUGUGAAAGCCUUCCAGAAGUUAAAAGAUGGCGAUCCAAAUAAAGAGAUGGCAGCUUUAAGAACUAGAAGCAAAAAUAAAGUGGAUAAGGAAUCCCAAGGAUCUAAUACAUUGUCCACAGAAACAGAUGGAUUGUAUAACAACUUUCCAGGGAAGUUUAUGUCAUUAAGAUCUCGAAGUAAAAACAAAUUUGAUCCAAUAACACAAGAGAUUGCAUAUGCAGAGAAGAGUGAAAAGAAGCCUCUGAAAAGUUUCCAGGAGAAGAAAGUGAAAGAGAGCACAGCCAAAAAAACAUCUUUGCAAUCUGGAAGCAGAAGUCGAGGUGUUAGAUUGCUUCCUUCCAGUUUUACACCUGAGGAACUUUACCUAAAAGAUGAAAAGAAGCCUGUGAAAGUCCAGAAGAAUUUAAAUGAUAUGACAGGAAAUGGAGAAAUGAUGUCUUUAAGGACUAGAAGUAAAAAUAAAAUGGAUAUGGGACUGAAAGGAUCUAAUCCUGUACCAACAUCCCAAACUUACACAGAAAAAGAUGCAGACAAAUCAAUGUCUUUCCUGGAGGUCUUUAAAAAUUCAGUGGGACUUGAAGGAAUUCUACCUUUAACUAGAAACAGAAGAAACAAAGUUAAUCAGCUGAAAGAAAUUUGUCGUGUACCUAGUGCAACAGAGAUAGUUGAAGCAAAUGAAAAGAAGUUUUCAAGCCUGGAAAAUAAAGCAGAGGAUAAAGUGAGCCAACCCUUUAGAACUGGAAGCAGAAAUGAAGCUGAUGGGGAACUUCACAGUUUUCCUUUGCUUAAUGUAACUGAGAUAGCUUACACUGAGAAGAAUCAGGAAGAAACAGAGAAUAAGCUAAAAGAUGGAGUUGUGACUGAUGACCUGGUAUCUUUAAUAAGGUCCCUUAGAAACAAAAAUAGUACAGAACUGAUAAGAUCUAAUCCUUUGCCAGAAACCAUGGACAUCUCACCCUUGGGGAAGGAUGGAAAAGAAAAUAUUCAGAUUUUUCCAGGAGGUGUAGUAAGUCAAGCAUCCCUAAUAGGAACCAGACUUAGAAAUAGAAGUAAUACAAAUCUGCAAAGAUCUGCUAAUCUUAGCAAAGUUGGCCCAUCCACUGCUGCCUCCAGGACUACUGUUGUAACAGCAAAAAAAUCCAAACACUGGAAGCAAGUUAAUACCCCUCUUUUAACAAAGAAAAGGAGAAAACUGAGGACUGCUAGCAUCAAACCCUCAGAGCUAACUGAUGUUGAAAACUAUAGCGUCUCAGAGAAUCAUCUUCUAAAAUCUGCUGAACAGCAACAUGGCAACUUCAAAGCUACUAUUUUAUCAGCAAAAGAAACCCAGGGGUCAGAGCCUUUGCUUAGAGAAGGAAGCACUCCGUUAAAUAACACAAACCAGACUGGAGAAAAUGAUGCUUUAUCAGGCAAUGAAAUUUGGUCCAGGAGAUUAAGUAAUAGCCAGGAGGAACCUAACUCACAGGAAAGAAGAACUCUUGGCUCUAGAAGAAGAUACACCCUAAAAGAGACCAAACCAUUGACCAGAAGUUCAAAGCAGAAUAACAGCGACCAGACAGCAAAAAGGAACAUUAAAGCCUAGAAGAAAUCAAGAAAAUAGAAGAUACUCAUUUUGCAAAUAGUAAAAUAUAAUUUUAAGGCAAUUUUAUACCCCACCUAUCAAGGAGAUAGAAUUGUUACAGAAGUGAAAAAAAGCGCAUAGAAAAAUUUGAAGAAACAUUUAGUUAAGUGAAAAUAUGUUGAAAUCAUUGAAUGGUGUGAUUAUUCCUCGUCACAGAUUUUCAAGCUAUUCUGUAAAUAAGGCAAUGAAGAACAUGUAUGUUCCAGGCAAUGAUCUCCUUUUAUGUGCUUAA